AUGAGGGCUCUGACAGCCCUGGCAGUCCUCGAGACCCUCGCGACGCGCGGUGCAUCUACUAACGAAGCCUUGCGCGGAGCGGCAACAUCCGCCGGUCUCUUUGCGGACGCGCAUCUUGUGCCCGCUUCGCACGUCAAUCGAGCUGGUGCGAUGGCCACUCCUCUGAACGUGUAUUGGUCGAGUUUCAGAGCGCGACCUGAUAGCGCAGUUGUUAGGGAGGUGUCAGAAAAAGCGGUCCUUUUCCAUGCCGCCAACUUUCACCCUGAUGCCAGGCUCGCAAGGGUGAGACGGAGCGAAAAGAUUGACUCCGAGUCGAGCUGACAGCUGACCUUUGUACCGUUCAGAUCACGCGCCCCUUGAAUCGUGGAGAAAUUAGUGAGCCCGAGCCGUACGCAACCAUGGAGCUGUACGACAAAGACGACAAGCAGAUACUCGGCAGUGGCCUGACCAGCAAAGGUAAGCCGAUGUGUGUGGAGCAAUUCCAGACCGUGCUGACACGCAGCUGGCUUGGAUCCUCGCAGGGGAACCCUACACUGGGCAUCGGGCAUACACGAUUCCCGGGACAGAAUUGAGAAGGAACGGCCAGGGCCAGCCAGUCAUGUACGAGAGCGACGAGACCCGCUCUCAACCCAAAGUGCAUUCCCCCCAGUUGACGCACAACGACUUUGUUGCGAUGGACCAUCCUGACGCCAAGCGUCUUCGCGAUAGCAGAGUGAACGACGUAGUGGACCUGAUUAGAGUGCCGCGCGGUGCCAGAAUUCCACUAAAGGCUAGCCACGCGGCUGUCCAGAACAUCCCUGCUGCGCCCCUCAAGGACAGUUUCAGGAUCGUGCUCAAGCAUGGUCAACGGCAGCCUUCCGCAACAGAGCAGCGCGCCAUCAGACACUACGUCUCCAAAUAUCAUCCCGACGCGGACGAAUUCGUGGUGAGUGUUUGUCCGUGAACGUUGUCGCACGGCAGUCAUCAAUGACCAGCGCUCGGCCUGGUAGAUCAAGACCGGUUUUCGAGCCGACGAGCAAGAGCCCGUUUUGCAUUUGAAGGGUACUAUCCAACAAGGCAGUCUUGGAGAAGAGAGCAAGAGCGAAUCCAUCCGCGGAUUGGGUGUCACCAGCACAGGUAAGCGCUAUCGCUCCAAGGACCACAGAGUGUACCUGCCUCCUGGUCAGAGCCUCACCACCAGCCAAGGUAAAGUCGUGCUGGCUCAAGAUCCUGGGGACAAGGCAAUCAUCUAUUCUACGCGAAACGACAUUGCCGCCACGCACACGUCUAUCCAGAGAACCAGAAUGUCGACCCGGCAUCCCGAUCAGCCAAAGCAAGGCCCUGCUAAAGGACUUCCAUGGGUCCGAAAGACUGGACCCAUUGCCCGAUCAUCCCUCUCUAAGCCUAGCCUAGAUGCGAAGCGCAAGAGAGUCGAAAGCACACAUGGGCCAAAUGGAAGAUCCAAAUCGAGUCGCACCGACAACGGCGCCAUAUCGAAAGGAUCGUCUCUCAUCCAUCCGCUGGCUAACCACAACGGUGCAGCUGACACGCCAAAGUCCGUCUCCCCACCUGCGCCGAGCAUGACUGCAAAUGUCCAUUCGCCGCUGGUCGACUUCAGUCCCGAGGAAAGAGAAGAGCUGCGUCGGCUGUUUGGCGAGCACCCUGCGCCUCACCCCUGGAACGAGGGCCACGCAAGUCAUCUUGCGGGCCCACGUUGGCAUGUCGCGUCGCAUCCCACUGAAGCUCGCCGCGCGCCCUCCCCGCUGGUCGAGCUGAGUGCGGAGGAAGCGGAAGAACUGCACCAACUGUUCAGCUCUCCGCCUCCGUCGAGCUUGCGUAGCACGCAAGGCAGCGGGCAGACGCUUUUCCAUUCCGCCGCGCAGCGACUACACUCCUGA